GUUGUUGAAUACUCGGAAAUUUCGGCUUCAACGGCGGCGCUAAAGUUGCCUAUGCCCCCAUUCCAGACCGAGACUGGUUCACGUUUGCUCUACUGUCUGGGAAACAUUUGCAAUCACUUCAUGACCAUUCCUUUCCUAGAGAAUGUUUGCGACCGAAAACGCGAGGCGGAGUUACCUUAUCACGCAGCCCACAAAAAGGUGGCACAUCUCGAUUUGGAUAAUGGAGAACUUAUAAAGCCAACUCAACCCAACGCUCUCAAGUUGGAGAAGUUUAUUUUUGAUGUCUUUAAAUUCUCUCAGAUUGAGUUUGACACGUCAAUUCCCAUCGGUAAUGGACUAGUUAUUGCACAUGUGCUUUCAAUCUUUUCCUCCCGUUCCAGACGUUUCUACAUUUGGGAAGUGGAUCGAGCAACUGAGUUUUCACCACUGAAGAACGGCCCAGGAGCCCAGAAGGAUUGUCCUGAGACUUGUCGCAAAGCCAUCCUCGAACUGCAUACCAAGUGGGCCAAGGCAGCUGGUGCCGUCUUUGAAAAUGAGGAGAAGGACAUUCUUGAAAUCUCCCCUCUGGUUAGCGUUCGAGGAGAGAAUUUGGAAUGCCUGAAAGGCGUGAAGAUUGAGGGCGUGAACGUCUUAGAAAUGUGCAAGAACGAGAGUGGUGAGUAUUAUAUCAUGCGUCUUAUUUUAAUUAUAUUGAUAUCCAUUUAUCUGUUUACCUACUCAUCUUAUUGUAAUGAAAAUCUUGAUCUCGAAUCACUUAAGCAAAGAGUUAGGGAUCUUUUCUAUCAUGGAUAUGAUAAUUAUAUGAAGCACGCGUACCCUUAUGACGAACUUCGGCCAAUUUCCUGUGAUGGGCAUGACACUUGGGGUGGUUUCUCUUUGUCCCUAAUAGAUGCAUUGGAUACACUUGUUGUACUGGGUAACCACACAGAGUUUCAAAGGGCGGUUAACUUAAUCCUUGAAAAUGUUGACACAAAUCAGAAUGUCAACAUUUCCGUUUUUGAAACUAACAUUAGAGUUGUUGGAGGACUUAUUUCCGCUCAUUUGCUGGCAAAACGAGCUGGUUUGGCUGUAGAACCGGGCUGGCCUUGUCAUGGGAAGCUGUUGGAUUUGGCUGAACGUUUUGCUAGCAAACUUCUACAUGCAUUCGAGACGCCUACCGGGAUGCCUUAUGGUACGGUUAACCUCGGUAAAGGCCGAGUUCCUCGCGACGAAACUCCCAUUUCGUGUGUUGCAACGGUUGGAACGCUGAUUCUUGAAUUCGGCACCCUGUCAAGGCUCACUGGUGAUCCACGCUAUGAAGAAGCGGCAAUGAAAGCUCUCAGAGCUUUAUGGUCUCACAGAUCCACGAUCGGUCUGGUCGGUAAUCAUAUAAAUGUUCUGACUGGUGCUUGGGUUGGACGAGAGGCCACAAUUGGAACUGGUGCUGACUCCUACUUUGAAUAUCUUCUCAAGGGCUCCAUAUUAUUCCGAUUACCUGAAUUGGAUGCCAUGUUUCGAGAAUAUCGGGAGUCUAUCAGCAAAUAUCUGCGAUUUGGGCAGUGGCAUGUAAUGGCAUCUAUGGAUACUGGAAUGGUGACUUCAGCUGUCUAUCAAAGCUUGGAAUCCUUUUGGCCGGGUGUUUUGUCAAUGGCAGGUGGUAUACAAGAGGCCAAGGAACUGCUGUUAUCUUAUCAUUCGGUGUGGAAAAAGUUUGGUUUCCUACCUGAGAUGUUUGACUUUGUUUCGGGUACACCGUUAAGAUCACGUAAUAUCUACCCUCUCCGUCCUGAGUUUAUUGAAUCAAUUAUGCACGUGUAUCGUGCCACUAAGGAUCCAUAUUUGCUAGAGAUGGGCGUCAAUAUCCUUACUUCAAUUGAGAAGGAUGCCAAAACAAGCUGCGGUUUUGCAACAAUUCACAAUGUUCAAACUCACACUAAAGAGAACAGAAUGGAGUCAUUUUUCCUCUCAGAGACUGUUAAGUAUCUCUACCUUCUAUUUGAUGAGGACAACUUCCUCCACCGAAAUCCUCUCUCUGUCUCAGAUGCCCCGCCUCCUGGCAACGGGGAUAAUCUCUGUUCUCAAGGCACUGGCUACAUAUUCAACUCAGAAGCCCAUCCUCUUGACGCUGGUCUUAUUCACUGUUGUUCCGUUCAACAUCUUCGUGAAUCAGAAGUAAUUAACAGUGCAGAAUCCCUCCCUCAUAACUUGGGCUUAACAACUGACCUCGGAAGUCUAGUUAAUGGAUCGGCCGUAACUUCGUCUUUCCACCAGGCAGUACUCGCGGAAGUCGAUUCGACCUUCAAGGAACUUCUGUCCCCCAGUGUAACAUGGACUGAUGAGAAUUCUGGAGAAAGUACCAAUACGGAUUCAAUCGACGAUUUUUUGGAACAACUAUGGAGAUCCAUGAGUGCGGAUGUACUAUUGUCCAGUUCCUCCAGGGAGAAUCCGUCAGUUCCGCCGGAUUACGUCCCUCCAAGUAUGCAUCGAAACUCGGGGUUUCCACUUAUGACCUGUCCUACGAUGUCCUUUCAUGCUCGACUAAACUCGAUGCGUGAUAUGGAUUAUCGAAACCUCAAAUAG